AUGGACAUCACGCCGGACCGAGGGACGGCGGACCUGGAGGCGGCCUGUAACAAGCACGAGUCUGUGUUUGACGGCACACCGGGGCGCAUCAGUGGAGUAAAGGCGCACCUGACACUGAAACCGGAUGCACGGCCGGUGUCACGGCCGGUGCGCUCGCCUCCAUAUGCACUGAAACCGGCCGUCGAGCAGGAGCUCGACCGCUGGGUGCAGGCCGGGAUCGCGGAAAAAGUCGGUCCAAACGACGCGCCCGGGCCCGGCUGGGGAACACCACUGGUGACGGUGCCACGGGCUGAUGGCGGUGUGCGUCUCUUCACCAAUGUAAUUUCAAGCUGGGUGUACGACCUGGAGCGGAACGCCUGUCCCUGCUGCACCAUCGGCCAGACUCUCGGCUGA